AUGCCGGGCAAAACACCAGGAAAGGAGCCUGUUGAGAAUGGGAUCCGCAACAACCAAGAUGUCGACAUGACCGACGAGAAAUCUUCGAUGAAGGGCAAGGGCAAGAAGGCCGGCAAGGAAGGCGAGGACAUGACUGUCGUUGUCCCCCCCCCUAAGAACACAAAGCAAUCUUCGCAACCGCCGCCCGCCGAUGCCGAGGGAGAUGUGGCCAUGGAUGAUUCCGAUAAGGUCGAGGAUUUUGAGGUCAAGGUCGACCCCGUCACCCAGACCAUCGCGGAUAUCAAAAGCAAUUUCGCGUUGCUCGACCGCGCCGUAGCCCUCUUCGAUUCCAGAUUCUCUCUACGAGCUCUACGAUCGAUCUCUUCCCUUCGCAAGCGCCUCACCCCAGACAUACUAGCCCAGGUCAUAUCUGAGACUUACUCCCCCUCCAGCACAUCUGCGAGCGUUGCCAAGUCACUUCUGCAGGCUAUUGGAAAGGGAGACGUGCCUCUUGGGAGCCAGUCGGGCGCCGCCGAGAUGGAGAUCGAUAGUGACCCGAAGGCUGCCUCAAAGAACGGCAACAAGAAGGAAACCAAAGAGGUCAUUCCCGAGGUCGACCUGUUCCUGAGCAUCCUAGUCCAGGUCUACUUGUUCGAUUCGAAGCAGUUUGAAGUUGGCUCCAACUUUUCGAAAUACCUGACUGAUCGAAUCCACUCCCUGAACCGACGGACACUGGACUCGCUUUCUGCCAAGGCAUACUACUACUUUUCUCUGUUUUGCGAGCAACUGGCCCCGCUGCCUCCGUCUCCCCAGUCGCCUAUCGUUGGUCUCCGACCUAUCCUGCUGACAGCUCUGCGAACUGCCGUCUUGCGCAAAGAUACAGACAUUCAAGCAACCGUCAUCGUUCUCCUGCUACGGAACUACCUCUUGACCUCGCACAUUUCCCAGGCCGAUCUUCUCAUCACCCACACGCAGUUUCCCGAGAAUGCGGCCAAUACUCUGGUUGCGCGGUUCCUGUACUACAUGGGUCGCAUUCGGGCGAUCCAGCUUCGUUACACGGAAGCACAGGACCACUUGACUGCGGCUACGAGGAAGGCGCCCGCGAGUGUAUGCGCCCUUGGGUUUGCGCGAUCCGCGACCAAGUUCCUGCUUGUGGUUGAGCUGUUGAUGGGUGAUAUUCCCGAGCGCGCCACCUUCCGGGCUAACGACAUGGAGGAAGCUCUGCACCCUUACUUCUUGCUCGUACAGGCCGUUCGUGUGGGUAACCUGGAGGACUUCGAGACGACCAUUGCCGACCACGCCAGCACCUUCCGCCGCGAUGGCACAUAUUCCCUCAUUCUACGCCUCCGCCAAAACGUCAUCAAGACCGGCAUUCGUAUGAUGAGCCUGAGCUACAGCCGAAUCUCUCUUCGGGACAUUUGCAUCCGAUUACAUCUUGGCAGCGAGGAGAGCGCCGAGUACAUCGUGGCAAAGGCCAUCAGGGAUGGAGUAAUUGAGGCGACGCUGGACCGAGAGCAUGGUUUCAUGAAGAGCAAGGAGGUUGGAGACGUCUACGCCACCCGUGAACCGGGCGAGGCUUUCCAUGACCGUAUCCGAGCUUGCCUCGCUCUGCAUGACGAGAGUGUUAAGGCUAUGCGCUUUCCCAUGAACCAGCACCGCCUGGAACUCAAGAACGCACAGGAGGCACGCGAGCGCGAGAGAGAGAUGGCCAAGGAAAUACAAGACGGCGACCUCGACGAGGACGACCUCGGUGGGGACUUCGAGGGCAUGUAA